AAUAAACCCCGGGGAGGGAGUUUGUCUGUAAUCCGAUUCCAGGCAUCGAGGGGGGCCCCCGGGCUUUCCACUGGCGCUUUCCCGCUGUUGUGGCGCGGGGAGGGGGCGACGGCGGUGGUAGUGCCUCGCCGCCUUGAUCCGGCCAGCCUCAGACGACUCGCAGGGUUGGCGGCAGCGGCCGCCGCCGGCCCGCAUUACAAUAUAAGCUUCGCAGGCGGCUGCAAGGAGCCUCUCGCUGCCCGGCGAGCCUGACAUGCUGUCCCGGUGCUCCGGCUUUCGCCUCAGAGGCUGACACAGAUCUCGAGGAACCGGAGGCUGCCGCCGGCGCGCCACUGAGGGAGCGCAAACCGGUGCGGGACUCAGGAGACAAGACGGCGCGCGUCCAGAGCUCGAUGCCCUUCUAUCUGAAUGCUGUGAUCUGCUGACAAAGACAUGUCUGAGCAACCUUCAAUUCCUUGAGUUUGGGCACUCAGGUUCAAAAAGGCUCACCAUCACUGACUUAAAGAUACACACUAUUCCUGGCACUGAAAAAACAAAACAAAACCAGGGGAGAAGUAUAAUGUGCGAAUGUUCUCACAUGAUACAGGCUUAAUAGUAAAUUCUCCUGUAUGGAACUCCAGCUGAAAUCAAUGCAAGAGAGACUCCUGCCUGUUCUUCAUUUUGGAGGAGAUUUUGAAACAUGUCACAAGGAUUACAUCUAGCUUUGCUACGUACUGGAUAAACAUCACAACAUCACAAUUUGCACUGUUCCAAAAAUGAUGUCGAAGAAUCCUUGUGCCAGGUAACAUUCCAUGCAUGCCUGGGCUUGUUGACUGGCAUGGGUCUUACCGAGUGAUUCAGAUUACAAAGAAAGAUUCCUCACCAAAGCCAUGGUUGCACCACUGAAAGGGUUAAGUACCUCUCCUCCAGAUGGCGGCUGGGGGUGGAUGAUUGUUAUCGGCUGCUUCCUCGUCACCAUCUGCACUAGAGCUGUGACAAGGUGUAUCUCAAUUUUUUUUGUGGAGUUCCAGACUUAUUUUGCUCAGGAUUAUGCCCGGACAGCUUGGAUCCAUUCCAUUGUAGACUGUGCAACAAUGCUUUGUGCGCCGCUUGGGAGUUUUAUCAGUAAUCAUGUCUCCUGUCAAGUGGGCAUCAUGCUAGGAGGAUUGCUUGCGUCUGCUGGUCUCAUCCUGAGUUCCUUUGCCACACGUCUGGAGCAUCUUUACCUUUCCCUUGGAGUUCUUACAGGGCUGGGCUUUGCCCUUUCAUAUUCACCAGCCAUAGCGAUGGUGGGCAACUAUUUCAACAAAAGGAAAGCCCUGGCGUAUGGGAUCGCCAUGUCGGGGAGCGGGAUUGGUACCUUCAUCCUUGCGCCAGUGGUCCAGCUUCUGAUUGAACAGUUUUCCUGGCGUGGAGCCUUACUCAUCCUGGGAGGUUUUGUGUUGAACCUCUGUGUCUGCGGUGCCUUGAUGAGACCAAUCGCAGGAAAAGAGAACCGCAAGAACAUGCUGGAGUUCCCCGAGCAGGAGUUUGAGCCGGAAGCUCCAAAGCAGGACCUCAAGCAGUGGACCAUCUGCUCCCCGCUCAUCAAAGUGUGGUCUCACAAAUGUCUGUGCCGGUGCUCCUGGCAGGAAUACAAUUUUUUACUGACGCCUGACUUUGUGGUGCUUGCGGGCUCUGUCUUAUUCAUGGCCUAUGGCUGCAGCCCUCUCUUUGUCUACCUGGUACCUUAUGCCUUGAGUGUUGGAGUGAGUCAUCAGCAGGCAGCUUUCUUAAUGUCCAUCCUUGGGGUCAUCGACAUCAUUGGCAAUAUCACGUUUGGAUGGCUCACAGACAGAAGGUGUUUGAAAAAGUACCGCUACAUUUGCUACCUCUUUGCCGUGGGCAUGGAUGGCCUCUGCUGCCUUUUCCUUCCAGUUCUCCAGAGUUUUCCAGUUCUUGUGCCUUUCUCGUUCACUUUUGGAUAUUUCGAUGGCGCCUAUGUCACUUUAAUCCCAGUGGUGACAGCGGAUGUGGUGGGCACUGCUUCCUUGUCUUCAGCCCUCGGGGUUGUGUACUUCCUUCAUGCAAUACCAUACCUAAUCAGCCCGCCGGUUGCAGGCUGGCUUGUGGAUACCACUGGAAAUUACACCACAUCGUUCCUGCUGUGCGGGUUUUCCAUGAUCUUCAGUUCGAUGUUGCUGUGCUGUGCAAGACUAGCUAAGAGAGCAAGACGGACUCCCUCAAGGCCAUUGGGCAGAGAUUCUAAUGCCAAGCAAACCAGCUGGACAAAUGGAGCAAUAGCUUAUUCUGUGACUGGGGAAUUAGAGCAAAAAGGGGUGGAAUUGCUGGCUAGUGAGGCAAACGCCUUUAGCAAAAGAUGACAACGUGCAAUAAAUUCCCCUUAGUGUACCCAUUAAACUUUUUGCGAAAAUAGAUUUUGCUAAGUAUGCUACACUCUGGAAGAUUUUUUCUCCCUUGGGAAAGGAAUGAAGGAGGGAGGAAGGGAGGGUACUUCUCAAACAGAUUUUUUUCUUUUGUCCUUUUGACAAGAUAGAAAGCCCAUGUCUAACAAGGAGAGAGGAGGAAGAAAAAGAUAUUUUAGGAUCUGAGUGCAGAUAGUGGUCAUAAUCAGAAGUCACUUCCAUGCACAAAGAAAGAAGACUCUGGGCUUUCAAAGGGAUCAUGACACAAUGCUUAAGCCCAUGUUGGCCCAAUAAGCCUUUCAAUGUUGCACUUGAUUGCUCUUGCCUGGAAUAGCUGAAGCGAGGGCCUGUGGGGGAGAAGGUCCAGCAAAACAUACAUUUUAUAUGGCCUUUGAACAGGGCUCAGCAUCUUUUGAAAAGGGACUUUGCUUGUGUUGGGUGAUUUACACCAUGGUUGAUCUUAUUUAAAGUGUCAUGCAAUCAGCUCUAAUGAUAAUAAUAUGUCUAGAUUUGAUAAACAACUGGACUGGGAUAUGACUUUAGAAGCCUGAUGAUUCCCAAAGGUUUCUUCUUCUUCAAAGUGUUUGAAAAUAAAUUAAUAACACGAGAGCAAUAUGAAGGCUGUUUUUAGCUGAAAGAGUGUUAGAAACAAGAUUUUUGUUUGAAGUAUUUUGUUACGGCAACUCUCUAGUAACUCAGGAAGGAACUGUCACAGGGAAGAGGUAUAAAUGGCCACGCUCCCUUAAACCCUAAGCAGCCUUAAGGUUCGGCUACUUUGUUUUAUUUCAGUGCUUAAUUUUGACCUCAUGUAUUCAAGCCACAGAAAGGUAGCUAAAUAUGUCGAGAUAUUCAUAGAAGACAAGGCAGUCAGUA